AUGAGGAUUUCUUGUGACCAGUUUCUAUUGAUAUUGUCUGUCUUUUGGGGACUCACAAUGGGUGCUUUCCCAAGCAGUGUACAGAUCGGUAAGUGUAGCCUACAUCAGUGCUUGACAAUCAAAAGGGCAUGGACAUUUGCCAAUCUGGUUAUGAAGCAGUAAAUAAGAUCUUGUUUUCAUUAUAGUUUAUGUGACUGUGUUAGGAAAUAGGCUACUUGUUCGUUGUUCAUGAUCACACAACAUUUUCACAUUGCAAAGUAGAAUUGACUGAGAAUUUAAAAGCGCCGACACAAACCUAUUACUGUAUUAAAAUGACAAUUUCAAUUUGUUCCUAGUUGAUUUUCUGUUUUUUCUCGUAUGUGCACAAGGGAAAUAGGUAUUUAUGGUCAUACAUAACUGUUCCAGUGCGGUCCUCAGCAGCCCGUGUCCGUUCAAAGCCCCACUGCAGCAGUAGCCUAGUGCUCUGAGCAGUGACUGGAUGCUUCGCUUGGUCGGAGUGAUUGGAUCAGCAGCGGGAAUUCUCUCAAAGUGUGUGUAGCCCUGCUGCAGUGCAAACUCGCCCCUGUUACAUUCAGAAGAUACCGUUCGCCUAUUGCAUAAACCCGUUUGUCAUAGUCAUACUGUUUCAUAUGUUGCUGGCUGGUUUCUUUGCCACUGAGAAAACACCAGAAGUGCGUUUAUUCAAGCUAGAGCCUCUAUCCGAACCCAGCUAAAGCACUGACUAUAUGUAGCCUAAAAGCCGCGCCGUGGUGGGAUCUCUAAAUCUCUGCUAGUGCCAAGUUCCCCCUGUCUUUUAGCCUUUAACUUACGGUAAAUCCAAUGCGUUAAUAUUACUGCUGAGUCGAUCGAAUUUGAUUAUUUAUAGCUCAAGCACAUCCGAACAAAUCAUGCUGAACGCAAAUAAAUUCCAACCGGGGUCGAAUGAACUCUCUCUGUCGAAUAGUAAUGUUGAACUUAAUACAUGUGUGGUGUGUUUUAAAGCGAUAUUCCAAUGGGUCACAUUUCUAUACCAGCUUGGUUGACCUUUUACGAUUUCCAGGCAGGGUCCUUUGGGAGGGCCAAUGUGUUAAGGUUAUUGGCUGUGGCUCUUGUUUUCAUCAAAAUCAUUUACUGUAUGUGCAGUGUCAGACAUCCCAUUGCUCACUAUCGCCAUCUCUCUCUCUCUCUCUCUCUCUCUCUCUCUCUCUCUCUCUCUCUCUCUCUCUCUCUCUGUCUUUCUGUCUCUCUCUCUCUCCCUGCAUUUGAUUUAGCUAUGUAUGUAUAGCUAAACGGUGACAAUAAAGGAUUUCAAAAAAACUACAAAUAUAUAAUACAUAUAAUAAUAAAUACCUCACUCUCAUCCCUCGCUCCCUUUCUCCCUCUCUCUGCAGGCGGCCUGUUCAUCAGAAACACGGAUCAGGAAUACACAGCAUUUCGCCUGGCCAUCUUCCUGCACAAUACCAGUCCCAACGUGUCAGAGGCCCCCUUCAACCUGGUGCCUCAUGUGGACAACAUCGAGACGGCCAACAGCUUCGCUGUCACCAACGCCUGUGAGUACAGACUGGCCAGAUGCGGCCCAAUUUCAUGUUUUAAUGGCUAUCUUUGUCAUUUGACCAGUCAAGUCAAACUCUGGUUGGGAUGCCAGGGUGUUGGCAUAACACAGUUGUGUCCAUUGUUAGACUGUGAUUGCAGAGGGUAAAAGCCCAGGUUGGGGUGGAUGGAAGGGUGGUUGGGAUUCGGAUUGUAUAAUGGCAUGAGAAAGGUUGCCCUUUACCAUUGUGAGACUAUAGUGGUAUGUUACUGUAUGCUAUGGUGAGAGUGUGAGAAGAUAGUGUGUCUGUGAGCCUUCUUUCUUUCUCUGUCACACAUGUACACAUGCAUGACUCAUACACACAGUCACACUAUACAGUAUGUCCCCCAUGAACACUGCAGCAUGACAGGACACUCUCUGGCUCCCUCCCAACUUCAACUCAGUGUGUGUGUAUGUAUGUGUUUGUGUGUAUAGGUAUGUGUGUGUAUGUGUAUGUAUGUGUUUGUGUGUAUAGGUAUGUGUGUGUGUGUGUGUGUGUCUGUGUUUGUGUGUGUGUGUGUGUGUGUGUGUGUGCAUGACACAAACUGUGAUUCUUAUCCAACUAGGCAUUCUCUCGUCCUUGCAUACAUUUGAGCACGUACACACAUUUAUGUAUGCACGUCUAUGCAAUGUCUGUGUGUGAGGUUGUUGUGGCAGGCUGUGCAUGUUUCCCUUCAUCGCUGUGGCUCAGCAGCAGGCAGCGAGGAGCAGUGUUGGCUAAGCCUGUCAUUGUUUGUUUGUGGGGAGUGACUGCUGGUUGUGGUGGUGCAUACCCUGUUGCUAACCUGAGGAGCCAUGUGUUUCUGCCCUCCGGAGUGGGGAUGGGGUGGGGGGACAGAAUAACAGAGGCUUGUCCUGUCUUGCCCCCGGGUACGGCAGCAAUCUGGUACUGGACGUGACUUUAUCUACUCUGCUUUAGUAUACACACACACCUUUCUCCCUCACAGUCAGGCUUUUAUCUCUUCCCAUCAUCCUCAGCUGGGUUGGCUUCCUUAGUUAAGGUCAACAUCUGCACGUUCUCAGUCUGUCUCUCCGCUCAUGUCCUGUUGGUGGUUUGUAUAUAGUAUAGUAUAGUAUAGUAUAGUAUAGUCACUGGCGGACUUACCAUUAGGCAGAAGAAGCAAUUGACUCUGGCCUCACAUCAUCAAGGGGCCUCAUGAGCUGGGCCUAAAAAAUAAACAAGUAAAUACAUUUGUCGGCUUACCGCAUCUGUUGAUGUUUGUCAGACCAGGAGACAUCUCGAAAAUCGGUCUUUUCACAAAAACGUCUGUAGCGUCGGUUUGACCUACAAAUGAAUAUGUUAGUAUGACCCCUCUAUGGAAAGAUGAGACUCUCCGUUCUGCUCUACUGGACUCGUCUGAAGGUAACCCGGUACCGGGCCCAAAAAAGAAUGGAAGUGAAUUGGGCAUUUCCACGUCAAAGGUAUACAAGUCAUUUUUUCAGAACUUUCUUUUAUCUCUCAGAUAUAAGACAGACACUUCAAAACAUACUAUCUUUUGAUUAAAUGUUGGACUAUCUGUUUUUUCAUAUAUUAAUCUGUUAUUCAAUGCAUUUCUAUGGGCUAAUAGCAGUAAGGCUAUUAUGUUUCAUUAAAAAAAAAAAUAUAUAUAUAUCUUAAUUAUGCUUCGUCAGAAGUGUGCUCUAUACAUAAAAUCAACAUACAAACGAUUUCCCUGCCACUGUCACGGAAACAGCCGAGGCUUCCCCUCCUCCUUGCUCGGGCAGGCUUCGGCGUUCGUCGUCACCGGAGUACUAGCUGCCACCGAUCGAUGUUUCUGUGUCACACUAGUCCUGUCUUUAUUAUUCACACCUGUUACUCAUUAGGCUUAUUGGUUUCCCUAUAUCACCUCUGUUUUCCCUCCUGGGUUUGUGCGUGAUUGUUUGUUGUUACGUUGUCUGUUGAGCUGUUGUUUUGCUCUUCCCUGCGUGGAGGGUUUGUUAUGGUUUACUUUGUGUUUAGUAAAGCCAUACUUUUCUCAGUUCUGUGUCCUGCGCCUGAUUCCGUUUCACCACUUCACCCAGACGCUGACAGCCAUCCUCACCAUAGAAUGUAAAAAUAAUUGUCACGCGCUGUUGCACAACGACACUAAUCUAAUGAGCACUAUUGGAGCUCCGCCCAAGCAAGGCAUUUGAUUGGUUUGACGUUUAGCGAGGCGUCACUGAUUUAUACCGGGUCUCCACCCCUAUUUAGCUAGUUUUCUGCCAUGAACUUCCCAAGGCUUACCCUAUUAGGGAGGCCUGGUUCUCGAUGAGGCUAGCUUAGUAGAAACCCAGCCCCGGGCGCUUAGACUCUAGGGGGAGGCAGAGGCAGAGGACAUGUAUGUGUAGCCCAUGUGUCUGAUGCUGUCUGGACAGAAAGAGUAUGGCAUGUCAGCAUCAGAUACAUGGGCUACAUAUAGUAAUAUAAAGCCCAUUAAAACAUUUUAUGCACACGUUUGGAGGGGCCUCCAAAUUUUGUGCACGCCUGGGGCCUCCAAAGCACUAAGUCCGCCCCUCCGUAUAGUACAGCCUCAACGAUUAGGGUCUCAAUGGUUAGGGUCACACAGUCGAGUGUUGUCACAUUGAGCAUUGGUUGGCAGUUGGGAAACAAUCCAUUCCAUUCGGUGUUAGUUGAAAACGGAUGCGUCACAGCCUGUGUUAGUGUCACAUCGAGUCUCGUCACGUACUGUACUUGCGUGAAGUUGAAGGUUGUCGCAUUGAAUUGCAUAUUAUGGCAUGUCACUUCAAGUGGGGUUUCAAUUCACUGCAUUCUCACCAGCCCCCCAUGGUUUACAUUCUGUGCUCUAGUCUUUGUCUGUAUCCCAAAUGGCACCCUAUUCUCAGUAUUGUGCACUACUUUUGACCAGGGCUCUGGUCAAAAGUAGUGCACUACAGUAUGUAGGGAAUAGGGUGCUAUUUAGGACGCAUACUUUGUAUUUAAUUUCUAUUCAAUAUGCUCAUUCCCCCAUCUCCCAUUCACCAUUGUAUAACUGCUAUCUACGGCUAGGCUAUGUCCCAUUCUUUAUGGCUGUGUGUGUACCGACUUCUACGUUCCAUGCUAUCCCCAAUACCCAUGAUUCAUGUCGGACUUUCGUCUAUUCGGUUCCAUCCAUUCUCUGUUGCUGUUCACUGCAGAGUCCAUUUCUCUCUUCUGUCAAUCCUCCAUGUCUCUUACAGCAUUUAAUGUUGACCUACUAACUAAAGGCUAUGUUCCAUCCAUUCUCUAUUGCUGUGUGUGUAGCAGCAACAUCCAAUCCAUGUCUCAUAUUUGGUGUUCAUCUACUAUAAGCUAUAUGUUCCGUUCUCUUUUGUUACGGUACAGCAGCAUGCACUAUCACAUAAUUUCUCUCUCUUUCCCACCAAUGCCCAUGUGAUUUGUUGCUCUCUGGUUCUCUGGGGAGCAGUGUUUCUCUCAUCUGUGUUUGGCCCCAUGGCAGGUUCCCAGGACAGAUGAUAUGGCUUCUGAUGAUCCCUCUCGCCCUCCAGGAGUCCAUAAAUACACCAGGCCCCCCGCCCUACCGCUUGUCUUUUAUUAUCAACGAUGCGAUAUUAGAAAACCGAUGGCUAAAUUAAGCAGAGGAUGAAGAGUUGUGUCUGAGACGUGUGUGUGAGGAAUGGUGUGUGUGUGUGUGUGUGUGUUUGUGUGUGUUUUUACAGUGUGCGUGUAUAUGUGUGUUUAUAGUGUGUGUGUAUGCGCUUGUGCGUGUGUCUUCGUGCUUGUGUGUACACGUCUGUGUGUGUGCUUGUGUGUGUGUGUUUUUGUGUGUGUGUGUGUAUGUGUGUGUGUUGUCGUGUGUGUGUUGCUCGGAGACAAAGAGAGAGAGGCUGUGACCUUCAGGACAUGCUGGAUGGCUGGAGAGUAGCAGUAGUGCGUUCAGUGGACCACGUCUCUUUCUCUGUGGUUCAACAUUAUUACUUUCCAUCCCUCCAGUCUCACGCUGUUCUGCAGUGGUGUACAGUAAGGCUAUGUCCCAAAUGGCACUAUUCCCUACAUAGUGCACUACUUUUGACCAGGGUGCAUACAGUACCAAGUCAUGGGAGCUCUUGAAAUGCCUUCCUACAGUAUGAAUCUGCUAUAUGUAUUAUAUUGUAUACUGUAUAUAUGAGGGAGGAUGCUAAUUGUUUUAUGAGCAUGGCCUUAUUUCUAUUCCAGCAUACUGGAUGACUCAUUCAUAUUCCAUUCACCCAGCUCAAUGUAACAUCGAUAUAUUUAGGCUACUACAUGAUACUCAAAUAUCCCUAUACCCAUCAUGAGGAUGCUACAACCUAGCCUAUGAAUGAACAUUUACAACGUAGGUGCACAGGUCGAGAUAAUCUUUAGUAAUCAGAGGUUUGUUACCUAAAAAAAGCCCGCGGCAAAGAAAAAUUUUUAACAAAUAAUCUAAAUAAACCAAAAGAAAAAUAUAUUUUUUAAAGAUAGCUAUAGCCAAAAUUAUUUCGUGUUUUCAUGGUCUCACCACUAAAUUUUAAAGUUUGCCCAAGGUCCCAAAACGGGGUUAGCGUCCUGCUAACAGUCAAAUUGUUUUUGGGAAAUGCACCGCAUAACUAAAACGUGACUUUUGAGGGAAAACCAAAAGGGGCCUCUACAACCCAAAUCAAAAUUUCCUUUUAAUUGCACUUGUUUCCCUUAAAUUUUUAAAUAGGCCAAUAACUGUAACAUAAUGAAACCCUUUGGCCCCUUUAAAAAGCUGGGGUAAACAGCAAGCCAACCCUUAACCAUUAGGGGAAAAUCCAAAUAAACCCAACAUAAAAGGGCUGGGGGCAACUUCCCCCUACCCAAACCCAAGCUCACCCCGGGAGACGUUCUCUCUUUUGUACUUUGCUAUUUUGUUCAUCCUGUGUUUUUUUUCCCGACGGGGAGUUUCCCGUUCCAUAACAGGGGGCUUGAUCAAGGGAACAGUUCAAUCCUCAAGUUACAUGUUCAUAAAGCAAGACCACCAUAUGUUCAAAAAUUUAUGUGUUUUCAUACUUUUUCCCCAAACCCUAUACCGUAGUAUUAGAAAAGUUCAUUUAUCAGCACGCUUUUUUUAGACCGCAGACUGCAGUUUAUUUAAAAAUUUAAAAGCACCAUGAAAGGGGCCCAACCCCAGAGCCCGGGUUUUUCCUAUAAAAUACAGAGUAUAAAGGUUGGUUUUUUUAAAAACGGUCUAUAUUUUUCCCAUUUAAAAAGGGCGACAGAAGUUUUUUUCAGAAACCAUAGAAAGCACCUACCCCACAGCGCGCCACAUAACAGUAUUACCAAAACCUUGUUUUAAAUCGGUCUCCCCUAUUUUUCGGGGCCCACGGACAAACAGUUUAUUUUCCCAGCCCCCCGGACAGGGGCCCCAAAUUUUAAAACACACAGCGGGGGUCCCACUACGUCCCCCUCUGCCCUGCUUUUGGGUCGAAAACGUCAAAAAGGGCAGAUAGUGCUGCUAAAAUACGUAUACGAUGUUUAAAUUCAAUUUUUUUAUCUUUCCCCAAUUAAUAUCGCAAAUCUUUCCCUUGUAGCAAGGGCAGCUCGGCAGGGCCCAAUUGGGAAAGUGGGAAAUCUCAUGGCAAACAUAAAGUCUUAAUUAAAUCCAUUGGAGCGCGAGCGAAUGGGGGGUGUUAAAAGGUUGUUUCAUUUUAGAAAGGGGGCAAAAGCAAAACCCUAUUUCAGUUUCCCCUUUUUUUUUAAAGUUCCUGCCUCACCCCCGGUCAGGGGUGUGUCUGUCGGGGUUUUUCUGCGGGGCCAGCCCUUUCAUAGCCCCUUUGUUUUAGGGCCUAAACCUGCUUUCCCCUUUGCAAUGUAAACCCAAAAAAAAAAAAGACUGAUAUAAAUGGGCCCCUACCGAAGAAAGGGUUUUUUUUGUUUUGUGUGAGUUUGGCCUACCCUUUUUGAAAUAAGCUGCGAAUACAAAUCUCAAUCACUAAACAUGAGGGAAUGAAAACAACACUGGCUCAUACCUAUAUUCCAAAGAAAUUGGACCCCCCUUCAAAGGGUUUCUUUCGGCUUUUUCACCAAAAACCCCUUUGCUAAACGGGUGUAUAAAAUGGGCACACGCUUUGAAACCCCUCCAUCCCAAAACCCUUUGGCAUUAGAAGACCUUAGGGAAAGCUCAUUGAUUUUUCGACGUGGCACCGUCAUAGGAUGCCAUUUUUCCCAAAACCGGUCGUUUGUCAAAUUUCUGGCCUCCCUUAGCUCCCCCCGUAAACUGUUUUUUCUUUAUUGUAAAGGGAAAAACUCUAGGGCAAAAAUGCCCUUAAAGCCGUAAAAGCGGGGGCCACAAAAGCUCACAGAAGGGAAAACCCCCCGAUUUCUAAAGUUGGGGGGGAAAAAACUCGAAAUGUCCCGGUUGCAACACCACUACGGGUUUUCCAAACUCCCUCUGGAAGAAACCAUCAGCCCCAAUAACUUUUCAUGGAGUUUUCAUGAAAUGGGUUUCCAUGCCAAACAGCCACACCCAACCCUAAGACCCCCCUUCCCAAAUCCCAACAUCGGCGGGAUGGUGUAAAGCCCCGCCGCCAUUGACUCGAGGAGUGGAAACGCGUCUCUGGAGUGAUCUCAUUUUUCAACCUUUCUGGCGUCCGAGGGAAAAAUUCGGGUUUGGGGGAAUGCCGAGAACGCAAACCUCCCCCAAGGGGGAAAUAGUGCCAACUGUAGAUUUUUGAUGGGGGGAAAGGAAAAUAAUGGGGGGGAGGGGUUUUUUUCAUGGUUUUUGGGGCUCCUUUUUCCCAAAUUAAGGGGAAAAAUCUUAACGCCCCCGCAUACAAUGACUUUUUUGACGUUCGGUGCUUAAAAAACUUUGGCAACUUUUUGGGGAAGUAAUUUUUUCCUUUUUUCCGCAUGACAUGACCCCCCGUGCAAAAAGCGGGGUUCCAUACAAAAAGGGUUUUUCGAUAUGGGUUUGGGUUUAAUUUGGACGGGCCUGCACAGACCCUGACCUCUCCCCCAUCGAAAUCUUUAAUUUUAAUUGGCCCCCCGAGGGGCAGGGGUUUAAAGGCAUUUGCAUCGCAGUGUUUCCUUUGCCACUAAGAUCCUGGUUUCGAAUCCAGGCUCUGUGGGUAGCGGGCCCCGAAACCGGGAGACCCAGGGGGCACGCCCAAUUGGCCCGGGUGGGGGGGGGAAAAAUGGCCGGGGGGAUUUUAUUUUGGUUUGGUAGAGCUUGGCUUUUGCAAUCCCGGGUUUUGGGGGGGUUCGUUCCCCAGGGGGGGUAUGAAAAAAAAUAAAAUAAAAAUAAUGUUUUUUUAAAGGCCUUUAAACUGAAAAGUUUUUUGGGAUAGAGCGCCCCGCAAAAUGACAAAAAAAAUAAAUAUUUGGAACACUAAACUGUGGCCACCCAACCCCCCAAACCUUCAGUCCCAAAAACCUCCCCUUAAUGCUCUUGUGGCUGAAGGGAAAAGCAGUCCCCCCCAAAAUUUCCAACAUCUAGUAAAAACCCUUCCCAGAAGGGUGUUUGGAGGUAUUAUAGCAAAAAGGGGGGGACCAACUCCAUUUUAAAAUUUCCCAUGUUUUUUGGGAAUAAAUUGUUCCAGCAGGGUGCCCACAUAUUUUUGGGGCAUGUAUGUAUUUCUCUCACUUUUUUUCCUUUUGUCCCCGGGGCCACUAAAUUUUAAAAAAACUUGCUUUAUUCACAACAACAUAGAAUAUUUUACAAGUUUAAAUUUUUUGAUUUCCAAAUUUAAACGGGCAAAUUCUUCACUGCACAUAGCUAUAUCUUUGCAAAUCCCACGGGGCCCCUAGCUCCCAGGGGCUUAAAACCCGUCUUCUCUCCUUUGCGCUAAAAGAGCUAAAAGAGCAAACUUUUAACCGACAAAAAAGCCCCUGGCAACCGAAGGGUGAAAACAACAUCGAAAACAAAUUUAAUCGAGACUUCGUAAAACGAUACAAUCCCAGACCCCCAAAAGGGUCUGCUGUGUCUUUGUAGGCUAAUUUAAGUGUGAUAAAACCCCAAUGGUCCUCCGCAUACCAUAACUGGUUAAAUAGAAUGAAAUUUCCGUUUAUUGCCCCAUAAAGUUUUGUCCCUGGAGGCAAAACUACCCAUUUUCCCUUAAACCACUGAAAAAUUUGGAUGAAAUUGAAAAAAUUCAUAAAAACCAAAAUUGAAUUUUUGGGUUUUAGCUUUAGGGUUAGCUUUUUGGGUUAAGGUUAGGGUUAUUUUUUAAAAACCCGAUUUUUGACUUAGGCCUUGCCCCUUUUUAAACCCCUCCCCCAAAGUUUCCUCCAGAAAAAGAUAAGGGCAAAAAAACCCAACCCCUUGCGUUUAGAAUGGGAAACCCUUCCUAAAGGGAAAACAGGGCGCGUUGGGGAAAAAUGUGCGGGAGGGGUGCGAAACUGUUUAUUGCGAGAACGCAGCAAGAGCGAAAGGGCGUUCGGGCUUUUCCAUCCCUCACCCCACCCUGGCAAGCUCCCCUAAAUCUUAUGUGUGUAACUCUCUACGGGCCGGAAAAACCGUACAUCCCACGCCGGGGGCACUGCGGGGGAAAAUUCAACCCAAAAAGGGAAGGGCAAAGGGAACAGCCUCUCUUUUUUUUCGUCUUGUUUUCCCCCCCCGACUGUCCUCCUCCUCAAUGUCUCUUUAAAUUUUUAACCAAAACAAAAUGGGGUUUUUCCCUUGUGACCAUUUCUUUUGAUUUGUCUUUUUUUUGGGGACCACAAUGGGGGGCUUUCCAAGCAGUGAAAGAUGGGGAAAUGUAGCCUACAUCAUUUCCCUUGACAUAAAAAGGGGCCCAUGGACAUUUGCCAACGGGUUUAUAAGCAGUAAAAAAACGUUUUUUUUUCAUUUAUUUUUAUGUACGUGUUGGGAAAAUGGCACUUUUCUUUUGUUCAUGUCACAAAAACCUUUUUCACUUUGGGAAAAUUAAAAAUUGACUGAAAUUUUAAAAAAGCGCCGACAAAAACCUAUUACUGAUUAAAAUGACAAUUUAAAUUGUUCCUAGUUUGAUUUUCUUUUUUUUUCUCGUAUGGGGCAAAAGGGAAAAUAGGUUUUUUAUGGCCCCUUCCCUAACUUUUUCCGUGGGGGCCCCUCACCCCCGUGUCCGUUCAAACCCCACUCCCGCAGUACCUAGUCCUGAGCAGUGCCCUGGAUGCUUCCUUGGCCCGGAGUGUUUGGAUCACCCAGGGGGAAUUCUCUCAAAGUGUUUUUCCCCCCCUGCUGAAAGGGGCAAACUCGCCCCUGUUACAUUCCGAAGAUCCGUUCGCCUAUUGCAAAAACCCUUUUUGUCAUAGCCCAAAAGGGGGUUUCAUAUUUUGCGGCUUUUUUUCUUUGCCACUGAAAAAACACCAAAGGGGCGUUUUUAUUCAGCUAGAGCCUCUUCCGAACCCCCCCAAAAACCCCCUGACUAUAGGGUACCCCUAAAGCCGGGGCCGUGGUGGGAUCUCUAAACUCUGCUAGUCCCAAAUUCCCCCUGUCUUUUACCCUUUAAAAAUUUUCCCGGAAAAAUCAAUGCUUUUAAAUUUACGGGUUUAAGUCGAUCGAAUUUGAUUUUUUUAUACUCAAGCACUCCGAACAAAUCUUUUGCUGAACGCAAAUAAUUCCAACCGGGGUCAAAUUAAAACCUCUUCUCGGUCAAAUAGAAUGUUAAAUUUAAAAACAUUGUGGUGGUUUUUAAAGCGAUUUCCAGGGGUUUCACUUUUCCCUAUACCAGUUUGGGUUUGCCCUUUUUAAACUUUUCCCCGCAGGGUCCUUUGGGGGGGCCAAAUUUUUUAAAGGGUUUUGGCUGUGGCCUUGUUUUCAAAAAAAUCUUUUUACUGUUGGGGCAUUGCCCCAGAAAAACCCCUUGCUUCAUUUAUCGCCUCUUCCUCCUCCCCUCCCUCUCUCUCUCCCCUUUUCCCCUCUCUCGUUCUCUCUCUCUCUGUUUUUCUGUCUUCUCUCUCCCCCGGCAUUUGAUUUAGCUAUGUAUGUAUCAAAAGGGUGACAAAAAAGGGAAAUUUAAAAAAAACUCCCAAAUAUAUAAUCCAUAAAAAUAAAUCCCUCACCCCCUCAUCCCCCUCGCUCCCUUUCCCCCUCUCUCUGCCCCGGGCCUGUUCUCAGAACACGGACCCGGAAUACCCAGCAUUUCGCCUGGCCAUUUUCCUGCAAAAACCCAUUUCCCCCAACGGUCAGACCCCCCCCUUUAAACCCCUGGUGCCUCAUGUGGCCCACAUCGCGAGGGCCAAACACCUUCGCUGUAAACCCAACGCCUGGGGUUACAGACGGGCCCCAGUUUCCCCCAAAUUUUUAAAUUUUUUAAGGGCUAUCUUUGUCUUUUUGACCAUCAUUAAAACCUGGUUGGGAUGCCAGGGGGGUUUUUGGAAAUAA